GGCUCGUGUCUGGGCUGCUUUUUGUCUUUUACUUUUUAAGUUGUUUUUUUGUUGCAAGGAACUAUUCACUGAUAGAAUAACGGGCUCACGCCGGGAGAAGCUCUUAUGUGAACAAUAAAGGGUGUGGUGAAACACUUGAAGAGCACAUAUGACAGAACCUGUCUAACCGUACAGAGCAGAGACACACGGAGAGGCAGCAGCAGAACAACCCCAACAUGUCAGGCAUCGCAGCAAAGCUCCAGUACCACCGGGAGAAAGCGCAGGGAGUCGGGUCCAAAUCUCAGGCUGUAAAAUAUCUGAACCAAGACUUCGAGGAGCUGAGGAGAAGCUGUCUGGAAAGACGUCAGCUGUUUGAGGACAACUGCUUUGAGCCUCUGGUUACGUCCUUGGGCUACAAAGAGCUCGGACCAGGUUCUUACAAAGUUCGGGGAAUCACCUGGAAGAGACCCACUGAAUUGCACGCCAGUCCAAAAUUCAUCAGUGAAGAUGCCACCAGGACUGAUAUUUGUCAGGGGGCACUUGGCGACUGCUGGCUCCUGGCAGCUAUCGCCUCCCUGACUCUCAACAAGCAGGUUUUGUCUCGUGUCGUGCCUCACGACCAGAGCUUUGAGACGAACUAUGCUGGAAUCUUUCACUUUCAGUUCUGGCAGUUUGGUGACUGGGUGGAUGUGGUGGUUGAUGAUCGUCUGCCUACAAGGGAUGGAAAACUACUGUUCGUUCACUCGGAGGAGGGCUCAGAGUUUUGGAGUGCCUUGCUAGAGAAGGCCUAUGCCAAAGUGAACGGAUGCUACGAGGCUCUCUCUGGAGGCAGCACCACUGAGGGCUUUGAGGACUUCACCGGGGGGAUUGCUGAGCAGCAUGACCUCAGCAAACCGGAUCCAAAUCUCUUCAAUAUAAUUAGAAAAGCCCUGGAGAGAGGAUCUCUCAUGGGAUGCUCCAUUGAUAUCACCAGUGCAUCUGAUUCUGAGGCCAUUACUCGUAGCAAGCUGGUGAAAGGCCACGCUUAUUCCGUGACAGGAGCAGAUCAGGUGGAGUAUAGCAGAGACAUGGUGCAACUGAUCAGGGUCAGGAACCCAUGGGGUCAAGUGGAGUGGACCGGAGCCUGGAGCGACAAUUCAUCUGAAUGGAGAAACGUGAGUGAUGAUGUUCGGGAGAGGCUGACCAACUGCGUGGAGGAUGGGGAGUUCUGGAUGUCGUUUUCUGACUUCCUGCAUCAGUAUUCCCGCCUCGAGAUCUGCAACCUCACCCCAGAUGCUCUCACAGGAGAGGAAUACAAAAAGUGGGCUCAGACGGAGUUUGACGAGUCAUGGCGAAGGGGCGUGACCGCCGGAGGCUGCAGAAACUAUGCCAAUACCUUCUGGAUGAACCCUCAGUUCGUCAUAAAGCUGGAUGAUGUGGAUGAUGAUCCUGAUGAUGGGGAGGACGGCUGCACUUUCAUCGUGGGCUUGAUGCAGAAGAACAAACGUCGAAUGAGGAAAAUGGGGGAAGACAUGGAAACCAUCGGAUUUGCAAUUUAUGAUCUUCCUGAUGAGUUUUCUGGCCAAAGACAGGUGCACCUGAAGAAAAACUUCUUCCAGAGCCACGGUUCAGCAGCGCGCUCUGAAACCUUCAUCAACACACGGGAAGUGUCCAGCCGUCUCUGUCUCCCCCCCGGGGAGUAUGUCAUUGUGCCCUCCACCUUUGAGCCCGACAAGAAUGCAAACUUUUACAUGCGGGUUUUCUCGGAGAAAGAGACCGAUUUCCAAGCGAUUGAUGACCCUGUGCACUGCCAUGUUGAGCAGAUCAAUAUUGAUGAAGACGACAUCGAUGACAGAUUCAAAAACCUGUUUGCACAACUCGCUGGAAGUGAUGUGGAGAUUUCUGCAUUCGAAUUACAAAGAAUCCUCAACAGAGUGGUGACAAGAAGAAGUGACAUCAAAACUGACGGGUUUAGUCUUUCAACUUGCCGCAACAUGAUCGACCUGUUGGACAAAGAUGGAAGCGGGAAGCUGGGGCUGGUGGAAUUUAAGAUCCUGUGGACAAAGAUUGAGAAGUUUUUGGAUCUGUACAAAGCCAGAGACGCAGACAACAGUGAUUCUAUGAGCUCCACUGAGAUGCGCAUGGCUGUCGAAGACGCUGGUUUCUCCCUGAACAACACUCUGAAUCAGGUAAUCGUGGCUCGCUUCAGUGAUGCAGACCUCACCAUUGACUUUGACAGUUUCGUGUGCUGCCUGGUUCGCUUGGAGUCGCAAUUCAACACUUUCAAGACCAUGGACAAGGAUGAGGAUGGAUACAUAGAGUUGAACUUCAUGGAGUGGAUGAAUUUGGCGAUGCUGUAGAGAAGCUGAAGAAGCCACCAUUCGUCU